UAAUUUCUCAUCCACCAACCAACAAAUCAAUAUGAUGCAAGCACCUCUCUCUCUGUGCCUACUCCUUUUUUGAAACUAAUAAAGCCAAAGCACCCACCAUCACACUCCAUACUCACUCCCUCUUUCCAAAACCUCUCAGAAGAACCACAAAAAUGGAUCUUAACAUGCCAUUGUUACUAACCCUUUGCUGUAUAACAACCCUUUCUCUACUUCAAUCUUCCACAUCCUCACGCACCACCCCAUCACACACAUCCUCUGAAUUCACAACCAAUGUUCUUGAUGUCUCUGCCUCACUCCACCAAGCUCAUCAAGUUCUCUCCUUUAACCCUGAUCUUCUAGAACCUACCAACCAAGAAGAAACCCAACUCAACCCCACUUCUUCUUCUUCUUCUUCUUUUUCUCUACAGUUACACCCAAGAGAGACCAUCCUCAACGAACAGCACCAAAACUACAAGUCCCUCGUCCAUGCCCGCCUCGCCCGUGACUCAGCCCGAGUCAACUCGCUUACCAUGAAACUCCAACUUGCCCUCGAAAACGUCAAUAAAUCUGACUUUUAUCCGACACAAACUGAGCUCCGACCCGAAGACCUCUCCACGCCGGUUUCCUCCGGCACCGGCCAAGGCAGCGGCGAGUACUUUACCCGGGUCGGAGUGGGUCAGCCCGCGAAACCCUUCUACAUGGUUCUUGACACCGGAAGCGACGUGAACUGGCUCCAAUGCGAGCCUUGCUCUGAUUGUUACCAACAAUCUGACCCGGUUUUCGACCCGUCAAAAUCAUCCUCGUACGACCCGUUAACCUGCGAAGCGCAACAGUGUCAAGCGCUUGAAGUUUCCGCGUGCCGUAACGGAAGGUGUCUUUACCAAGUUUCUUACGGCGACGGUUCGUUUACCGUUGGGGAAUACGUAACUGAAACGGUGUCUUUCGGUGGAUCCGGGUCGGUUAAUCGGGUCGCAAUGGGGUGUGGGCAUGAUAAUGAGGGUUUGUUCGUUGCGGCCGCUGGGCUUCUUGGGCUUGGUGGUGGGCCUCUCUCAUUAACCUCGCAGAUCAAAGCGUCGUCGUUUUCUUACUGCUUAGUCGAUCGUGACUCGGGAAAAUCGUCCACUCUUGAGUUUAACUCGGCGCGACCCGGUGACUCGGUUACCGCGCCGAUGCUGAGGAACCGAAAUGUGAACACGUUCUACUACGUCGAACUCACCGGCAUGAGCGUCGGCGGCGAGAUGAUCUCCGUGCCGCCGGAGGCCUUCGCCGUCGACCAGUCCGGUGCCGGCGGGAUCAUCGUGGACUCGGGAACGGCAAUAACUCGGUUGCAGACUCAGGCUUAUAACUCGGUCCGCGACGCGUUCCGGAGGAUGACUCAGAACCUGCGUUCCGCAGAGGGCGUGGCGCUUUUCGACACGUGCUACGACUUGUCGUCUUUGCAAUCCGUGCGCGUUCCUACGUUGUCGUUUCACUUUGGUGCGGGGAAGACGUGGUCGUUGCCGGCGAAGAAUUACUUAAUUCCGGUGGAUGGCGCCGGAACUUACUGCUUCGCGUUGGCGCCGACGUCGUCGGCGUUGUCGAUCAUAGGGAACGUGCAGCAACAAGGGACACGUGUCACUUUCGAUCUUGCAAACUCUGUAGUGGGAUUCUCGCCCAACAAAUGCUAGAUGUGUAAUUUACAUAUUUAACCCCACACCUUCUAUUUAAUAGUAUUAAUUAUUAAUAUCAUAAAUUAUGAUGAUAUUUAUAUGGUAGGUUUAGGUUCUUAGAAAGGCUCUUCCUCAGAGCAUUGAAUUGUUUGGGUGGGGAUAUGAAACCCUAAAGGGACCCACUCAAAUUAAUUUGAGAGAAGGUUUUGCCUUUGGAAUUUGGAUUGUGUGGGAGCAUAAAGUAGUGAUGUUUGGUUAUUUUUCUUAUAUAUUGAGAAAAAUGGUUUGUAAUUGAAAUACUCAAUGGAAUGGCUUGCAAAUUUUAUUAAGCUUUGGGGCCAUUUUAGUUUGAAGAUUGGAUUUUUCAAGCUUUGUACUAUGUAGUGGUGCUGUCUAAGGCUUCCAUGUAGGCCACCUAGUGAAACACAAUAUGACAAUUAUAUAUGAUUAAUUUCACAUGGGUUUGUUUUGAGACUUGUGGAUCUCUUAUAUUUGGAUAAAACAAAGAUUGAGGAUGUUUGUCUCCUCAUCUCUUUUUUUUCGAUUUUUUUCUGGCACUGUGUUGACCGAAGUCUAUUUGUUUCUUCAUGCAAGCAUAAGGAGAACAAAU